CCUCAGGUGACAACCUCCCCUCUGAAGCUUCCCUUUUCAACCCAGCCUCAGCACUCGAGCUUCCUUUGUAUAUUCCACCGCAGCCGCAAGAGGUUUCUUCCACUCGCCAAGAUGACUCAAAUCGAGACUCCUGACGCCGAUGAGCUCGGUGGAAACGUCACCAAGCCCUUCAAGUUCGUUACUGCUGGAUACGACGCCCGCUUCCCUAACCAGAACCAGACAAAACAUUGCUGGCAAAACUACGUCGAUUAUCACAAGUGCAUCCUGGCAAAGGGCGAAGAUUUCAAGCCAUGCAGACAGUUCUAUUUGGCCUAUCGAUCAUUGUGCCCUAGCUCCUGGAUCCAUAGGUGGGACGAUCAACGUGAAGCUGGGAACUUCCCCGUCGACUUGGAGCACUAGGGAGAUGAAUGAGUGACCGUGAUGCAGAUGGAGGACAAGAAAACGGGCCUACAGUUGCGGAGUUCUCACGGCGAGCUCGGGGUGGCAUGGAUAUUGUACAUAGACCCAGACGAAACUACGCGGCGGCCAACACACUGCUCCUCCCAUACAACUAGGUACAUGGACCAAUGUAUCCUUCUACUGCAUCUGAAUUUGUAUAUCUCAUGCAGUCCAGACCUAAUUAUGCGUUAGGCCGCCGGAAAUGGCCACUGACAUUCGACGGUUCAAAAACAACCAGAACACCCAUAUCGUGCUGAUGGGCAAAAUUGCCAUUGGUUCACAAACAGAUAGUACUGGGCUCAAUAUUCCAAGGGAUGUUCACGCUAUCAUUUGAGGGCAAUUUGAGAUCCAUAGUUUUGUUCUGCCAGUUCACUGCUGCAUAUAUCGCCCUCCAAGGGCGUGAUGCGUCCACAGCACCAGAU